UAUGCGGUUGAAGUUGGGUAUGUCCUACUAUAGUCGGUGUUUGGCUGGAGGCGUUGUACUACGGCAUCGCCAGUGACCGUGCUACUGCAGAUACUGUCGGAAGUUCCUGAGAGCGAGCGGAUAGACUCGAAGGCUCUACGCGAUGCUCAGUACGAAGACCGAGAACUAUGCGGUAACAACCAAAGAUGUCCCGGGCGAUCGAUGUUGGCUGGCGGCGGUGUACUGCGGAGGUACUGCGACCACACCGCCAGCACCCGCAAUCCCCAGCUUGCCGAAGUUGGUCAGUAAUGUCAGGAUACUCUAUGCGAUGCUUAGUACGAAGACCGGAAAGCGUAUGGUGACGACUGUAGAUGUCCCGAGCGGUCCAUGUCUGGCGAGCUGUGGUAUACAACAGAAGUGUUGCGAUUACACUGCUAAAGCCCGCCACCGCCAACUUGUCGAAAUAGGUCAGUAA